GGCUUCUCGAAGAAGAGUCACACAUUCCUGCCUAAAAUAUUUAGAAAAAUGUCUUCUCAAUCGGCGAAAGAAAGACCCGAAAACUUGCAGUUUCCUUUCCUUGACGAUGAAGAUACCAUCUCCACAGUCAAAGAAUCUAAAACCUUUUUUAUUUUAAGAGGCCUGCCCGGCAGUGGGAAGUCCACUCUUGCCCAGGCCAUUCAGGAUAGGUAUAAAGAUGCCUGCAAGGUCGUCUCUGCCGAUAGCUACAAAAUUACUCCUUCAAUAAGAAGCACCAUUCCUGAAGAGUAUUCAAAGGUGGACGAGGAUCUAGUUGAAUAUUGCAAACGAGAUGUCAGCGUUAUCGUUUUGGAUGACACUCACCACGAGAGGGAACGACUGGACCAACUCUUCGAUAUUGCUGACAAAUACCGGUACAAAGUCAUCUUUGCCGAGCCCAAAACCCAGUGGCGAAUGGAUUGCUUGCAGCUGAAGGAAAAGAAUCAAUGGAAACUGUCAGUGGAAGAGCUGAAGAAGAUGAAGCCCAGCUUGGAGAAGGAAUUCCUGCCCAUGUAUUUUGGGUGGUUUUUGAGCAAAAGAAGCUCAGAGAUCCUGAGGAAGGCUGGCCAGGCCUUCUUAGAUGAGCUUGGAAGUCUCAAAGCCUUCAAAAAGGAGAGCAAAUACUUUGCUUCCGCUAUUGAAGAUCCCAAAAUAAAAAUAGAUCUCACCAGCUACUUUGUGAAGAGGCCGCCCGGGGUCUUACACUGCACCACAAAGUACACCGAGUUUGGAAAAGCAGCCGGAGCCGAGGAGUACAUGCAGCAAGACGCUGUGAAAGCUUCCUACGGCAAAGGCUUCACCUUGUCCAUCUCUGCUCUGUUCAUCACAACAAAAACUGUUGGUGCUCGCGUGGAGCUGAGCGAGCAGCAGCUGCUGCUCUGGCCUGGAGACGCCGAUAAGAUCCUGCCCACCGACAACCUGCCGAAAGGCAGCCGGGCUCACAUCACCCUUGGCUGCGCCAACGGCGUCGAAGCGGUCCAGACCGGGCUCGAUCUGCUGGAGUUUGUGAAACUGGAAAAGGCAGGGAACAAAGGGGAUGAAGUGGGGGAAAUUGGAGGAGGGAAACUGCUGUAUUUUGAUAACGGUAUGUGGAUGCUCGCCCUUUCCAAAAAGAUCAACGUGAAGGCAAUAUUCUCAGGUUACUAUGGAAAAGGGAAACUCGUGCCAACGCAGAGCACCAACAAACGGGGCUCUGCUUUUAGCUCCUGCACCAUCAUCUAGGAGCACGGGCAGGGUAGCUCGGUGGUUUGUUUUUAGAAGGCAAGUAACUCCUGUAACCUUUAAACGUGUAAAGAGAAAUAAUUCUACCUUUACUAAAGUAAGCCCUUUUGCCAACCCCAGCGUGAAACCUCUCUGGGGAGAGAGUUUAUUGGCCUCAGAACAAGGAAGAAAACAAGCAACUCGUGACUGA